GUCUCGCGCCUGUCCCUUUCCUCCACUCCACGUGCCCUAUUACGCAGCACUACAAUAUGCGUCACUCGCGUCGGAGACUGGCGCAUGCCUAUUGGCCGCUGUGGAUGUCACUCAGCAGCACAGCUGCCUAGCACCCACAACUGUAACGAACAUUAACGGAAUAUAAGUUUAGCACAGGCGCUCGCAACAAACCAGAAUAAAACAACACACAAAACAGAAGGAGACAGAACAGGGCAAACUCAAGGUAAGUAAGUGCGAGCAUUUUUUAAAAAAAGAUUUUAAUCGAGUUUUUUCAUUAAUUUUUAAAAUCAGAUGUGAGGUUUGUUAUAAUUGGUGUGAGGGGCGUUUCUAGAGUUUGAUCACUAGUGGGGCACAGGCCCCCCAGUAAUUUGACAAAAGUACCUCAAAAGUUUGGUCUCUGGGAGUAGUGUUUGUUUGCUUGUUUGUUUGUGUAUUUUCUUUAUUCAUACUAUGUAACAAGCAUUAAUGUAAAUAUGUGCUGCAGAUCAUUUCAUUAGUUCAAUUUUACAUUUUAAUUUGCUGUGAAGGGCUUUGCUGAAUGCAAUACUUCAAAAAUAAUGGUCACAUUUAAAAAAAAAAAAAAAAAAAAAACUCACCCCAGGGCCCAGUUGGAAUAUUUUAAAUUUAUGUGUGAAAGGGUUAAUGCUCUGACAUUUUUACUAUAUCUGGGUAAUUUGUUGAUCUUGUGAUUGUAGAUUAAGGUCCAGGUUAUAAAAGAUUUAUUGGAGGGGUAGAGAAAUGAAAUUCUGUAGUGAAAUGUAGAUCAUUCAAAUGCAAUGUUUGUGCCUGCUGUCUGCCAGGGGCGUAACCUGGUCUGGACAUUUGGGGCUGUCUUUUUUUAUUUAUUUAUUUUUUUUUUCUUUAGCCCUGAAUAAUUGGAGCGGUUUGUCAGUAAAAGAAGACAGCGGUGUUGUAAUUUUGUAUCUUCAGUGAAUGGAGUGUUGUAUUUUAUCUUAAGUGAACGGAGGCAAGACCAAUCAGACAGGGUUUACAGGAAAAUACGUGGAAAUACUUGUGUCUUCUGCCAAAUGCUAACUCACACAGUCAGUUAGUGUAAGGGGAAAAAUGUAUAUAUGCUUAUUUAUUACCAGUAAAGGGGUUGAAACUGAAACACUAACUUACUCUUGUGCACAGUGAGGCAGGUGAGGCGUAUGAUUGAUUUUUGUCCUGUUGUAUUGUGUCUCCAGUCGAUUAAUUCUAUAUUUUUCGAUCUGGGUAUGUGUGUGUCAGUGUUUGAGGCUCUCUCUUUCAGGUCAAGCUUAUUACAUAAGAGGAGAAGCACACAUUCAGUCAUUUUCCUGCCAACUUGUACGAUGGUGAUGUGCGUGCCAACGAAAACCUGUUGAGUAUCUUCAGGAUUGAUACCCACAAUGCCUCAGGAGCUGAGUAGUGUGGGGAGGUGUGCUGCCUUUCCUGCCAGUAGAAAUGCUAAGGACAAAAGCAACAACACGUCUCUGCUGUCCAGAACAAAAGCUCACACACAGCCGAUGACAAAUAGAUGGAACUCCCACUGCAAUUCUAUGAAAGAUUCCGGUUACUCAGAUGCUGGAUCUGACUAUCAGCAGACUGAUGUAGAUGAUCCUGACAGUAUGGCAGAUCAGGGGAACCACACCCUGGUAUCUGGACAAGUAGAGUUCACUUCCAUGUUUAUCAUCAAAAAUAUAUUUUUAAAACAGUCCAGACAGUCAGGACAGGAUCAAGUCCUCCAGUCUUUGUGGGGAUCGGAGGGCACUAACGCUCAAAGUAAUCUUCUGUUGUUGCAGCAGCCUGUCACUGUCUCUCCACUCCAUGUUCAUAUACCACUGCCACAAAGAGCUGAGAGUAAGAACAAAAAGAGCAAAAAUGCGUACCUCCCCAUCCUCAAUUCGUAUCCCAGAAAUGCUCCCAAUCUUAACAAAAAAAAACGAGACAAACCCCCAACCAGCAGGGAGGGCAGUUCAGAGGAGCACAGACUGAGCAAGAGAGUGUGCACUGAAGAAACUAAAGAGGAAAUAUCCAUCUCUACACAAAUGCCUGAGAAGCUUCCAAACAAGCAGCUGGAGAGCCACUUCCUGUCUCACUCUCAUUCUGUCUUACAUUCGCUCUCUUCUAGCAGUGACCUAGAACAGAGGAGUUCAUGCCUCCCCCCUCCAGAACUAAACGUCAUGGGGACAUCAGCCUUCACAAGUCUUAACUCAUCAUCUGUUUCCAGUUUAAAAACUCCAUCUCUGUCCUUUCCAUCUUUGUCUUCUUGUUCUGAACCUGCAGCACUUUUACUCCCCACCAGUAAGGUGUACCUUUCACGAGGCUCAGUCCCAGACUCUACCAAUGGCUUGACUCGGCAUCGCUGCUUCCUCAAUACAGUGGAGAUACUGAGCCAGUCAGGCCUGCUGGAUAUUACACUAAGAACACAGGAGUUGCUCCGUCAGAGUGCUGCCAUAGAGCAAAAUAUCGCGCAGCUGCGUCAACAUACACAUAUGCUAUGCCAGGCUGUCCAUGCAGAUUCCAAUGUGGCCACUUUGGAGAAAACACACAGAGUCAUGGUUGAGUCUGGUUGCUAUCCAAAUCUCAGGAGCUUGCUUUUCAUGGGCACUGAUGAUUGAGAGCUGGAGGCUGACAGCAGCUCCAGAAUUUACACCAUGAUCACCUACAGAUGUUUGUUUAAUAGGCAGGGAGAAGUUGUACAUCCCUCCUCCCUUCUCACCACUGAGCCAGUCAGAGAUUUUCCAUCAGCAGAUCAGAAGAACUCAACAUUUAGCAUGGAAUGGUUGAAGGCGCAUGAGAAGCACCUGCCUCAAAAAAAGCUUCACAUGCCUCCAGACAGCUCAAGUUGUGGGGUGGCUGUUGUAGAAACUUACACAGAGUAACACUCAGAGUCAGUCAAGUAGCGUAAUUCAAAACAUACAUACAUACACCCGUGGAUUGCUCGCCUGAAUCAGUGAGUGCUGGCCUCACUGUGGAGAAACAUUUUAGGUGGCAUGUUUCAGCCAUGGGUUUAACUGAGCAACUUCAUGACAAGCCCUGUUUUUGUGUUUUCGCAGUUUAUGGUAUGUUGGGGUAUUCACAAGCAUAGCAUUUCCAGUAUUUUGUUUUCUUCUUUAGUUUUGCUUAUUUUCAGAUUGGAAUUUCUAUCCAUUCACUUAGUAUAAUAAUUUAAUUUCAUCUACAUUAAAUGGCACAGCCAAACCCAGAUUUGCCAGCAGGAGACUCAGGAGAAAUACUAGUGUCCUGGCCUGUCUUGUGACUGAAAUUGUCCUGUUCUUUGCCAAGUGGCUGGCAAAUG